AAACAAUAGAACAUCGAAAGUUGUAAAGUAAUUCUGUUCACUUGAUUGUUAGAAUUCUUAUUGAACGCGAAUCUAUUUAACAGAGAUGAAUGAAGAAGAUUUGAUUGAUGAAAUUACGGCGUUGCGUAAGUUGUUACGCGCAAAGGAAGCUCAACUGACUGCCCUAAGGCGCGAAAAACAAAUUUUACAGGACUACGGUUUAAGUAACGUCGAGAUAACAAGAUACAGUAGACAAAUAUUUUUACCAGAAUUAGGCAUCAAUGGGCAAUUAAAAUUAAAAAAUAGUGCAGUGCUAAUUGUGGGAGUAGGUGGUCUUGGAUGUCCUGCUGCGUUAUAUUUAGCAUCAGCUGGUGUUGGACACAUUGGAGUAAUUGAUUAUGAUGAUGUUGAGAUUAAUAAUCUUCAUAGACAGUUGUUAUAUACAGAAGCGAACAUUGGAACAUCAAAAGUGCAUGCUGCUGCAGAACACCUUAAUCGCAUGAAUAGUAAUAUUAAAAUUACACCACACAAGACCCAGUUGGAUAGUACGAAUGCUAUAAAAAUAAUAAAAUCUUAUGAUGUGGUAUUAGAUGCAACAGAUAAUGUUGCCACACGUUAUUUACUAAACGAUGUAUGUGUCUUAACUAAAAAGCCUUUAGUUUCUGGAUCAGCCUUAAGAUUCGAGGGACACUUAUCCGUGUUUAAUUAUAAUGGCCCAUGCUAUAGAUGCAUAUUUCCUAAACCUCCGUCUCCAGAAACUGUGACAAACUGUGGAGAUGGUGGUGUCUUUGGUCCAGCUGUUGGUACCAUUGGCGUUCUUCAAGCAUUAGAGGCUCUAAAAAUUGUACUUAAAAUGCCUUGUGUUCUAUCUGGUCAGCUUCUACUGUUUGAUGGACUAGAAACAAAGUUUCGCAAUGUCAGAUUGCGUCCUAAGAAUGCAAAUUGUGCUGUGUGUGGGGAUAAUCCGACUAUUGAGAAAUUAAUCGAUUAUGAACAGUUUUGUGGCGCAAAAGCAAAUGACAAGGAACCAAAUUUGAAUGUAUUACAGAAGGAAGAAAGAAUCAGUGUGGAGGAAUAUAAUACAAUACUGAAAUUAGGUACAAAGCCACACAUGUUGAUCGAUGUGCGUUCACCCGAGGAAUUUCAGAUUUGUCACUUGAAGAAUUCUGUAAAUGUACCGUUAAAUGAAAUUAAUAAUACUGAAAAAAUAAUGUUAAUGAAAAAUAGUAUAGAGAAAAUAAAAGAAGAGUAUACUGAAGUUAGUCUAUACGUUACAUGUAGAAGAGGUAAUGACUCACAAAAAGCUGUGAAAUACCUUCAAAAAAUAUUUAAUGCACCUAAUUUAGAAAUAAAAGACCUAAUUGGAGGAAUUCAUGCUUGGAGCAAGAAAAUUGAUCACACAUUUCCUGUGUAUUGA